AUGGUGAGCAUGUAUUUACUGUUCUAUCGAAGAUCGAUCAGCUUACCUCCAUUUCACAAUAAUGACCAGUCGGAAGCACCUUUACUCUCACGUUCAUCUCGCUCAUCAUCUUCGGCUUCCUCAUCUUCCUCAUCACUCACCAGUCUCAUCAGUUCACCCAUCCUCAACCCCCUGAGUAAAUCACCCUCACACUCUUACAAACUUCCUUCACCCGUCUCGUCAUCAUCCAACAAAAAGUCCAAUCCCAAUAAACGUAAAUUCCGAUCGGUCAUUUUACAGUUGCUGGCCUUGAUAGUAGUGCUCUCAUGGAUCACAAAUCCUUUCGUCAAAUCGUCAAGCUCUAGUCAAAUCAUUUCUCUAAAGAUCCAUCCAGCUGUAGAAAGUCUGAUAUCCAAGACCAAGACACAGUCACCAUCCGGUCAUUCCAACCAGUCAGAGAUAGGGAAGAAAGAAGCAUACGUUACAUUUCUAUCGUCAAUAUCCGAUAGCAGUUACCUCUUAUCAACAAGAUUAUUAAUCUAUCAACUCCUUCAUGAUCCACUUACUCGCGAUGCGACCAGCUCAAGAGACGUUAUAAUCCUCACUACACCGCAUAUCGAUAUGGACACAGAGGAUGUACUGAAGAAAGAAGGAGCAGUAGUACAUCGAGUGGAGUUGUUGGACGGUUUUGACUUACCUGAUGAAGUGAAUGGUCAUUGGAAAGAUCAAUAUACCAAACUCAAUAUAUUCAACCUAACGAUAUACGAUAAAAUACUAUAUUUGGAUAACGAUGUGCUCCUUUUGAGAUCUCUAGAGGAUAUAUGGAACAGUGAAGGAUCAGAUAUACCCCAUGGAAUAGGCGGUGUAGGAGAGAAUAGCAAGACGUAUUUACAGAAUUCGGAUUUGAGAAUAUCACCCCCUGAAGGGUUGGCAGUGCCAGAUAAGGAUUAUCUAAAUGCGGGAUUUAUGUUGAUCAGACCUGAAGAAAGGUUGUUUGAGAGUCUUAGAGCGACGAAAGGGUAUGAUACGUUUUAUAUGGAACAGGCACUCAUCAAUCACUAUGCCUCUUGGGAUGGUGAUCAUCCCUGGACACCGUUGAAUCAUAAGUUCGUCUCCCAUUUCCCCAAAAUAUCAGAUAUACAGGAAGGUUAUUACUCCCUUCACGCGAAAAUGUGGAAGGAUCCUGUACCUCCGGCUGUCAAGCGGAUUUGGGAAGAAGCCGUCGAGGGGAUGGAGGAGUAUUGGAGGUGGCAUGAUGAGGAAUAG